AGGACUCAAGCUUAAGAAUUGCUUUAUCAUAAUCCAUUAAAAUCCGAGUUAAAGCAAAAAAAUGAGAGAACUUGAAUCAAAAUUUACAUUUUUUAUGCUAAUCUUCGUGUGGGCGAGUGGGGUUGAAUCUAAGUGCAGCAAAGGAUGUGAUCUUGCUUUAGCUUCAUACUACAUAUGGAAUGGAACAAAUUUAAAAUUCAUAGCAGAUUUGUUUGAUACUAAGAUAGAGAACAUUCUAAGCUUCAAUCCUGAUGUGCCUGACAAAGACAAAGUCCAGAUUGGUUCAAGAAUCGAUGUUCCUUUCAAUUGCAAUUGCAUUGAGAAACAAUUUCUUGGUCACAGAUUUGCAUAUCACAUAAACACUGGUGACAGUUACAGCAAGAUUGGUGAGAAAUACUAUGCAAAUCUUACCACAGUUGCAUGGCUGACAGAUUCUAAUAUUUAUGAUGCGAAUAAUAUACCGAAUGUUGAUACAACCAUAGAUGUUAUUGUGAAUUGUUCUUGUGGAGACAAGAAAGUUUCAAAGGAGUAUGGGCUGUUUGUGACUUACCCUCUUAGGCCUGGUGAGAAUUUGACAAGCAUUGCUAAUCAGUCUGGCGUUCCUUCAGAGUUGUUGCAGAAGUAUAAUCCCAGUUCGGAUUUUAGCAGUGGAAGUGGUUUGGUUUAUAUUCCAGGAAGAGAUCAAACUGGAAACUUCCCACGACUAAAGAUAAGCACAGGAAUUUCAAGCGGGGUUAUUGCUGGCAUAGCUGUAGGAGUUGCUGGUGUUCUAUUUCUGGCAUUUUGUCUAUGUGCUGGGUUUUAUAAAAGGAAAAAGGGCAUGGAGGUGUCAUUUCUCCCAGAAGCAUCAAAAGCGCCUGGUAAUUCUUUAGGUUCCGGAAGAACUACACGAAAAGCUUCAGAAACAACUGCACUUGUUGCUUCUCCUGGGCUCACAAGUAUUACGGUGGACAAAUCCGUGGAGUUCUCCUAUGAAGAGCUCGCCAAGGCUACUAAUGACUUUAGUAUGGCUAAUAAGAUUGGACAAGGUGGCUUUGGAGCUGUUUACUAUGGAGAACUAAGAGGCGAGAAAGCUGCAAUCAAGAAGAUGGAAAUGAGAGCAUCAAAAGAAUUUUAUGCUGAACUCAAGAUUUUGACUAAUGUUCAUCAUUUGAACCUGGUGCGCCUAAUGGGAUAUUGCGCUGAUGGCUCUUUGUUUUUGGUCUAUGAGUUCAUUGAGAAUGGAGAUCUAAGUCAGCAUUUACGAGGUUCAGACAAGGAGCCAUUGCCCUGGUCAACUAGAAUGCAAAUUGCCUUAGAUUCAGCCACAGGACUUGAAUAUAUCCAUGAACAUACUGUUCCUGUCUACAUUCAUCGUGAUAUCAAAUCGGCAAACAUAUUAUUAGACAAAAACUUUCGGGCAAAGGUAGGUGAUUUUGGAUUAACUAAACUGACUAAAUCUGAAGACAAGUCAUCGGUCACAAAACACCCUAUUGGUACAAUUGGAUACAUGUCUCCUGAGUAUUUUCAAUAUGGCGAAGUUUCUCCCAAGGUAGAUGUGUAUGCUUUCGGCGUUGUUCUCUUUGAAAUUAUCUCUGCCAAGGGAGCUAUUAUGAAGAGAAAUGAAGCCCUAACUCAACCUACAGCACUUGUUGCAUUGUUUGAAGAUGUUCUGAGUCAGCCCGAUCCAGGGGAAGAUCUCAGGAAACUUGUCGACCUGAGGCUUGGCGAUAAUUACCCUCUUGAUUCAAUCCUCAAGAUGGCUCAGCUUGCCAGGGCUUGCACAGAAGCAGAUCCUCAACUGAGGCCUAGCAUGAGGGAGAUUGUGGUAGUUCUCACAACACUUUCAUCUGAAACAAAGGAAUGGAAUGUCAGCACAUUCCGUAAAAAUAAAGCUAUGCUCAAUUUAAUGUCUGGAAAGUAGAAGCACUUUGAGUUCAUUUUUUGUCAAUGGUGUCUUGUUAUUGUUCUUUUUAGUAAACAAUAAUACUUUAUAUACAAACGGUGGAUAUCAAUUACUAUAAAUAAAUUGACGUGUCAUUAUAAUAUUGGAUACUAAAA